AAGGAGUGCGCGCAUCGCUUCGCCUGGAGAGACCACCUUCUUCUCCAAUCCCCAGUUUUCUCCCCUUGCUGCUUUUGCCCGCCCCCCUCUCCCCCCCAAAAAAAACCAAAAAAAAAAAAAGAAGAAGAAGAAGAAGAAGAAGAAAGGAAGAAGAAAACCUAGCUAGUGUGAAUCGCGAGCACUUACCGAUGCUUCGAAGGGCGACGGCUGCGGUGGCCGGCCGCCGUCUACGACCGGCGGUGGGCCUCUCGCCGUCGGCCCCGGCGAGAAUGGUGAUGGGUUGCACCCACCAGCAGCUCGCCGACCCAUGGGCAUGGGCAGCCCGCGAGGAAGGUGGCCGUGUCGCCGGCAGCUCCCUGCCACGGCGGCCGACCCCUACCACCGCCAUCGGCCGGGUCGCCGCCGGGCGCCGCCCACCUGCACCGGCAACUGGCCCACCGCAGGGGACGCCCGCCAUGUCGCUGGCACCACCACCACCAAAGGCCUCGCCUUCCGCCGCCCGCCUGCAGAAGCCGGCAGCUUCCUGCCACGGCGGCCAACCAAAGGCCUCGCCUUGGGCCGGGUCGCCGCCGGGAGCAGCCACCCACCUGCAGCAGCCGUCGCGGAUGAAGCUCUCUCCGUCGCCGGCACCUGGCGCCCAACACCUGCCACCGGCAAAGCCCUCGCCUUUGGCCGGGUCGCCGCCGGGAGCAGCCACCCACCUGCAGCAGCCGGCGGCGAGGAUGCUGGCCUCGUCGCCGGCGAAGAGGGUGCUCUCAGUCUUCUCACCAUCAGCGGCCGGGUCGCUGCGGAGGGAACGUAACCAUCUGCCGCCAUUGGCCAGCUGCUUCUGCUUGCGGCGGCUGAUGAGUACCGGACUACCUCAAAUUCCAAGUCCCCCAGCAACACUGAUGAGACCUUGGUGUAAUGAGGAUGAGCAGGUGCCUCAACUAACCCCUUUUAAGAUCAGUCAUGGUGUCUCGGAUACAAUGAUGAAGCAGUAUGAGGAAGACUACAAGUAUCUUGUGGAGGAGGGGCUGGAUCUUGAAGAGAUGAAGAAACUUUACCAUGAGCUGGUGCGUCCCGUUUUAGUUGCAAGCUGUCUGAUUCUUGAACAUCACAUUGUCAGUCCUGAAACCAAAGCGCUAGAUCAGAAAUUCAAAGACAAGUUCGGGAAACCCCCAAUCUAUCUCUCAGCUCUUGAUAUAAUGAAGACCUUGAUUGCUAUGGAGCCGUCGAGAUGGAGUUACCUUAUGGAUUUCUUAAGAGAGAAACGUAUAUAA